GACUCAGCUCGGGACUGUCUCUCAUUGCUUUUGCUGUGCGUGCUGGCUGGCUGGCGUGCUUACCUGCCUGCCUCUCUCAGACCCGCCCGCCAAUAUUUUCUGCAGCGCCAGGCUGCUGUUGUGACACCGGGGCUGCUUCAGACGCCCUCCAAUCGCCUCGAUCGCUAUUCUUCCGACUGCUGCUCGUCACCCGAUCCGGCGCUGGUUCCCGUGGCCCGUUGGGACGCCCUUGCCUUAAACCCUGCCUUGCCUUGCCUCGCCUCGCCUGUGAUUGCCGCCAUGCCGACCUCCAACACCUCCUCCCCCGUUAAGCGCCCGGGGCUGGGCCGCCGCGCUGUCUCCUCCCAUGCCGUUGUCACGCGCUCCUCCUCUUCGACCCAAGGCGAGCUUGCUCACUCCCAUUCCUCCAACCCCCAAAAAUCUACCCAUAGGCCACAUCGCCCCCAUCUUGUCGGUGGUGGUCGCAAUCAUCACCGCAAUCCUUCCUUUGGAAAGAAUUUAAACAAACUGCAGCGACACCAAUCCGCCCAGCAAAUCGUUACGGAAGGAUCCGCCCGCCUGCAUCAACGCAAGAAGUCCGCGCCUCCGACGCCUGCUGCUGUGACGCCCGCUGCAAGCCCGCGUGGGCAGCACGUCCGCUGGGAUGGGGUGUUGGACGAACCUCACCGCAGCACCGGUUCAAUGAAAAAGAAUUACUCCAGUCCGGCUCUCCGACGGAAUACUUCGGUUGUUUUGGGGAAGAAGGCUUUGGUCACGGACCGUCCUCACACCAGUUCCGGGAAGAAGAAGACCGUGGGCUUCGAGCUGGCAGAUUCCGACAACGACGACGCUGACUGGGAAGAUACUACACAGUCACCUGAAAGCACACGGCGCAGCUCUGUUGCACAAUCGAAAGAAAGUGUGGAGAAUCCUGCUGUGCUGGUAGACCCCCUUACCUUCGUCAAACGCUCUUACCCGCAGUUCCCCCGAGCAACCAGCCUCCCAGAGUCAACCAGUAAGAGUUUUGGUGACGACCAUCUAUCGGACGACGACGACGACGAACACGACGACGACGAUACUGCUACACAACGGCCUUCCGAUUUGGAGGAGAGAACCGACGAUUCCAGUCGCGCUCUCGACCACGCUGAUAUCGCAGCCCGUUUGCUAAGCCCGUCGCACUCCGCAAAGGCGCCCCCCGCCAUGUCUUCCAUAUCGGCUACGGUGAAGCCGACUGUGGUGGAUUCGCUUUCUCGCAACGCCUCCCUGACCAACUUGGCUUCUGGGCAUGAUGGCGCACGGCGCCCACUGUCCUCGUCCCACACUACAUUGGCGAAUACUCCUGGUAAUCACACGCAGGCUACGUCGUCAUCUAUCGAAGGUGGUGUUUCCAAGUUUAUCAUUAACAACAAGACUGGGUCUCACGCUUUUUCUCGUGCCGACUCUGAUCCAAAUACUCCGUCUUCUUUCCUGCCGCACUAUCACCCUCAAACGCCGCCAUCCCCGAAUCGCGCCACAAGCUCGAGGAGAGCACGAGCCUCGCCACCUUCGAGACCUCCAGGUGCCGAGCCCCAUUCCCGCACACAGCAGAAGCUUUGGUUACAGCGCACUGCAGCACUCAACACUUCGCCGCCUGACGGCCAUGGGGUGUCAACGACAGUGUCUCCAGCAGCGAUAGACCCCGCCUUUGCUGUAACCCACGCACGACCUGGCACCGGGCCAUUUGAACCCGGCAGGGCACUUGUUAACGGGCCUUCCAGGGCAAGUGGGACAGUGCAUGACAAUGAAGUCAAACAUAUCCGCAAAGCGUACGAGAAGACGGCUUUGGAACUGACCGUCGUACGACGGUUCCAGUCCCCCACCGGUGACAGCUUUAACCGUUUGAACGCCAUCCUCAAUGACUUCAAAGGUGCCAGCUCUGGCCUGGAGCAACGCGCAUCGCUUGGCAAGCCGAUCAAGUCAGCACCAGCACUAACACUUCUGCAAGACGAAAGGCAACAAGGCGUAGGCCGCCGUAGCGCUAGCCCUGAGCCAAGACAACUUGUGGGGAGAAGAGACCAAGAAAUGCACACAUCAGUCUCCCAGGCUUAUCUACAAGACCCGGAUGACCUUGUGAAUGAAUCAACCGAUGCAGGCCCGGGGCACAAGUCUCAACACCCGUCCCACCGCAUAUUGUCCACAUCCGACGAGCCUGUCCAUGGCAGUUCGGCCCCCGACGACAUCCCUGAAGACACGCUUCUUGCUAAUGAGGCAGAGAUGAUGAUCCGUCGCAUGUGGGAAAGCCGCGAAGUAGCCUCUGCCGGCUAAUUCAACCGUGGCGUUCAGGGCUGCAUGUUGUAGCGCAUAGGGUCGUUCCGGAGUUUAAGAUUCUGCGCAAAUUGCGUCGUGAUGAGG